UUUUCACAAACUUAACAAUAACACUACUCCACAAGUCAGAAGUGAGGGGUUGACUGAACCGUGUAGAACAACUCUGACUCUCAUCAAUAAUCCUGUUCGUUCACCUAAAUUAUCUGCCGACUCUACAUAUCACAACUUAGGGUUUUCGUUUUCAAUCAUUUCACCAAUUACAAGAAAAUUAAUCUGCAAUGGCGGUGGUGAAAGAUGCGGAACAAGAGUACAAACCGAACAAGAAGAAAUCAACUUCCGAUGAGGAUGAUAAGAGGAGAAAGAAGAUGGUUCCAGGAGGAUUGAUGAAGGCUGUGAUAAGACCAGGAGGUGGUGAUGCUAUGCCUUCUGAUGGUGAUCAGGUCAUAUAUCAUUGCACUGUUCGUACGCUAGAUGGGGUGGUUGUCCAGUCUACUCGCUCAGAAUUUGGCGGCAAAGGCACUCCAAUUCGUCAGGUCUUGGGUAAGAGCAAGAUGAUAUUAGGGCUGCUAGAAGGAAUUCCCACAAUGUUGAAGGGUGAAGUUGCAGUGUUAAAAAUGAAGCCUGAAUUGCACUAUGGCGAGGAUGACUGUCCAGUUUCUGUUUCAGAUAGCUUUCCAAAGGAUGCUGAACUUAAUUUUGAGAUUGAGCUCAUCGAGUUUUCUAAAAUCAAGGUUGUAACUGAAGAUUUGGGAAUCUUGAAGAAGGUUAUAAAUGAGGCACAAAGUUGGGAAAAUCCGAGAGAUCUUUAUGAAGUAAAAGCCAGAGUUUCAGCCAAGGCGGGGGACGGACAACCACUUCAGUUACCUACAACUGGCGAACCAAUCAUGUUCACAUUUGGAAAAUCCGAGGUACCUAAAGGUCUUGAAAUGGGUAUCGGAACAAUGUCACGGGGAGAAAAAGCAGUGAUUUAUGUAACAAGUCAGUAUUUAAGUCAAAGCCCUCUGAUACCUUCUGUAGAAGGUAUCGAAGAAGUUCACUUUGAAGUGGACCUUAUCCAUUUUAUUCAGGUACGGGAUGUACUAGGAGAUGGCCGUCUAAUAAAACGCCGCAUAAGAGACGGCAAAGGUGAAUUUCCUAUGGAUUGCCCUCUUCAAGACAGUCGCUUACGUGUGCAUUACAAGGGCAUGCUUAAUAAUGAAGAAAAUACGGUUUUUUAUGAUACAAGAGUUGACAAUCAUGGCCAACCUUUGGAGUUUUCCUCAGGGGAAGGGCUUGUACCUGAAGGAUUUGAAAUGUGUGUUCGGUUAAUGUUGCCUGAAGAGAUAUCACUUGUUACCUGUCCCCCUGAUUAUGCAUAUGACAAGUUUACCAGACCGGCUAAUGUUCCUGAAGGUGCUCAUGUUCAAUGGGAGAUUGAGCUCCUUGGGUUUGAAAUGGAAAAGGACUGGACCGGCAUGAAUUUUCGAGCAAUUAUGGACGAUGUUGAGAAGACCAAAGGCACGGGUAACAGGCUAUUUAAAGAAGGAAAAUACGCACUUGCAAAAACAAAAUACGAGAAGGUUCUACGUGAAUUCAAUCAUGUCAAUCCUCAAGAUGACGAGGAGGGAAAAGAGUUCGCGAAUACACGAAAUCUGUUGAAUCUGAAUGUGGCAGCAUGCCUCCUGAAGAUGGGAGAUUGUCGAAAGUCAAUCGAGACGUGUAAUAAAGUAUUAGAUGCUAAUCCUGUUCAUGUUAAAGCACUGUAUCGAAGAGGAAUGGCUUACAUGGAGGUUGGUGAUUUUGAUGAAGCAAGAGCAGAUUUCAACAAGAUGAUGACCAUAGACAAAUCAUCUGAAGCCAAUGCAAAAGCAGCUCUUCUUAAAUUGAAGCAGACCCAACAGGAAGUUGAGAAGAAAGCGCGUAAGCAAUUUAAAGGACUAUUUGACAAGAAGCCUGGAGAAAUAUCAGAAGCUGGACUAGAUAAUAAAGUUAAUGAGGCCAGGAUUGACGAUGCACAGGAACCAUUGAUUUCUAGCCAGGAAAAGGAGGAUGAGGGUGAAGAUGAACAGCCGGCUCCUGCGCCUGCACGUACGAGUUCUUUUUCACGAUUGUGGACGGGUGGUGUGAAUCUGUUUAAGUCCCUCGGGGUAAACAGAUGUUCUAUAUUGUGAGUUAAGAAAUUUGGAAAACGCAAAAUGAGAGUAGAUCGUAUUACAAGCUUCGGCAAACCAAAAUUUAUAGCUGCUUAUGUAUUACUGGAUUUCACUUGGUUGUCCUAACGCAGAAUUAGUAACAAUACAUUUUCCGGAGUUAGAACGGCCAAAACGUUGUUACUGGCGUUGUCUUUUUUUUUUAAGCAUGUGUUGUCAUUUGGGCAGGGUUAGCUCAAGUAAUAAUGUUAUAGUAACUUGUACGUUUUGCACCAAAAGUUGUACAUUGUUUCGGGUUAUUUUAAAA